AUGUCUUGUGGUGGAGACAAGUCGGUACGUUUAUCAAAGGGUUCCUUUUCAAAGAGCUGGAAUCCCGAACUAUUCGUUUUAUUCCAGGACAGCACCCUAGCCUGGUACAAAAAUGAAAAAGCCAUUGAGCCAAAAGGGAGUGUCUUUUUGAAGGACGUGUGUCAGUUUCUUGCUGUGGGGUUAAUAUGCCAGCAAGUGCCAAAUCGCCCAGAACUGCCGUCAGGUGGCCGACUUUCUAACAUGAUGGGAAUUCCCUUGAAACCCAACAAGAAGACGAAGAUGGUGUGGGCAGUGUGUUCAUCUGAAGAGGACCUCAAGUCCUGGGUUGAGGCUAUAAUUGGUGUGUUGCCUCCACCACCACAACCACCACAGCAGGGCCAUCCUGGUGCCCCACCUCCAGGGGGCCCUCCACCAGUGGCCCCACCCCCAGGAUUCCACCCAGGAGUUACCCAAGGCCAGCCAGGAUACCCACCUCCUCAACAAGGAUAUGGUGGGCAGGCCCCAUCAUACCCACCUCCACAACAAGGCUAUGGUGCUAACAGACCUCAACAAGGUGGUUACCCCCGGCAACAGCAGGCUGGUGGCCAAGGAGGAGGAGGCACCACAGUGAUAGUGCAGGACAGAGGUGGUCGUGGAGGAGGAGGGGGGUCAGAUGGAAUGGGCGGCUUUGCCACCGGUGAGUGUUCAGUAUACUGUACUGUUAGCCUAUGA